UAUGUCAAAGUAGACACUCUGCACCUAACCUCAAAUAAUACUAGUUCACGUAUUUCUGAAAUAAUUGGUAAUAAAAUAGAUUAUUUCGUUUAUGAAAGGAUUCUGAAAUAAAGCAGUUCUAACGGCACAAAAAUUAAAAUGACCCUUUACCAUUUUGGAAAUUGUGCGGCUCUAGUAUAUGUACCCUACUAUUUAACAUACAAACAGUCUGGCCUUUCUGAAUAUGGCGCCUUUUGGAAAUGUGUACAAGGAUGUUUUAUAUACAUGUUCACUCAACUCAUAAAAAUGAUGGUUUUGGCAACAUUCUUCUCAGACAAUAUUGGAGAUGUUGGUAGUGACAUUUUAGGAGAAUUUUUAAAAUAUACAGUAGACUUGGCAGAUCUAGUUGGCUUAUAUUUUAUCCUUAAUGGCAUACCUGGUAAAGGACACAGCAAAGUUUUAACUGCGGGACUUGGAUGGGCAACGGCAGAAGUUUUCCUCUCUAGAGUUUUACUUCUCUGGGUAGGAGCCAGAGGUGCCGAAUUUGACUGGAUUUACAUUCAAAAAUGUUUGGAAUCAAAUGUUCUAUUAGUUCAACAUAUCGCUACCGCUACUUUAGUUUGGCUUUGGUCAAGACAUAAUUUAAAUAAAAAUCUGAAAACCCUUAUUACAGUUUUGCUAAUUUUAAGUUGCUACAAGCCGUUGUUACUUGAAACACUUAUUCAAGUUUUAAAAAUAAGUCCUUGGUUAGGGUUAGUUGUAAAGGGUGUCUUUACUCUCAUUUAUGCUACUUUUACUUUAACCAUUUAUGCAGGUAUGUCACACAUUACUGGGAUAUAUUGAAAUUAUAUUGCAGAUUUAUGUCAUAAAGAAAUUUUCCAUUCAAAUGCAGUAUGACUUUUCUCUAAUAAAUUGAAUUAUGUUAUUGAAAAA